GCAGUUACAGAGUACAGGAUACAGAGUGCAGAGUAAAUUUCGGAACAUGGUCAUGCUUACGUCUGUUCCAAUUCUUAGUUCUAACCUUAAAUUGCCUUAAAUGUAUAGUUGAUUAAUUUAAAGAUUUAAACAUAUGGCACAAUCAAACUAUUACGACGAGGUGGAAAUCGAGGAUUUCGAGUACGACGAGGACGAAGGAAUUUACUAUUAUCCAUGUCCGUGUGGCGAUCAAUUUCAAAUAUCUCUUGCCGAUCUGGCUAGCGGCGAGGAAGAAGUCACAUGUCCUUCCUGCUCUCUCGUGAUUAAGGUGAUUUAUGAUAAAGAGUUAUUUCGCGCUAAGCAAGAAGAAGUUGAAAAAAAGAGCGAAAAGAAGGAAUUGAUAGCGCAAAAAGUUUAAAGUUUAAACAAAAUUAUUUUUGAGAUAUUUGAGGAUAUCAUAUGACAAAAAUGGCAGGACGUGGUAAAGGAAAAACUAGUAUGUCUUUCUCUAUGGAGCAAUUGGGGUUCUCUAAGGGAGAAAUGCUACCAGCGCCAGUUUUGCAACCAUCACCAACUUAUCCCAUGUUGGAUCAUAAGCCUUUACCAAUACAGAUGACAACCGAGAUGAGCUAUUUAGUAGAGUUAAAGAGAGAUUUUACUGAAUAUAUGCGAGAGUCGUCAAAUAAUGUGCAAGCUGUCAUAUUGAAUGAAGACAUUGAACGAUAUUGUGAGGAUUGUGACGAGGCUAUCACAGGAUAUAAUAAAUCAGAAUAUGAAUCGAAAUAUGACUGGAGCAGAAUGCCAAUGGAAUUAAAAUCAUCGCGGAAGCGUAAAAUCCAGCAACAGAAUGUAAAGCCGAAUAAGAAAAGGAAAAUCAUGGAAACAUCGAACAUUGAAAACAAACUGACGGAAUUAGAGAAAGAGGAAAGCACACAGCGGCUUAAUAAAGAGGAGGAGGUGGAAGAGGAAGAAGAGGAUGAGGACAAAAACAAGGAAGAGGAGCGUGUAAAGGAUGAGGAGGAAAUAGAUGAGGAAAUGGAUGAUGGGACUGAUUACGCAAAUGACUAUUUUGAUACUGGCGAAAAUUAUUACAGUGAAGACGAUAACGAUGAUGGACCUGUUUUUUGAUAAGUGAAUUUAAUGCAUUCUUUAUUUUAGAAUUAUUGAUCUUUUCAAGAUUUGAAUAUUGAUAAUACCCAUGCUGCAAACUUAGCUCAUUUAUGUGAUAUGUAAAUUUUUUGUUAUUUGUAAUCACAUAUGCUGUUAAUUUUAUAUAGUAGCAUUGUCUAGGGAUAAAAAUCAAUUAACAUACGGGUUUAAUUAAUGUUAAAUUGGGGAUGAAUAUAUCAUGGCGAGCUCAAUUGAAUUUACAUUGCAUAUUUUUUCCAUUUCUUUAAUUAUAUGCACAGAAAGCAAGUUUUUGAUAACAUCAAGUAGUAGUUCUAAUAAUAACAAGUCAUUUGUUAACACAUAAUCAUUUAUUGUAUUUGACUCUUUAUUCUGAUUGUAUUUGAUUCUUUAUUUUGAUUGAUCAAAUUCUAAUCUUUAAUCUUAAUCUUUAAUGCAUAGCUUAAUACCAGCCUUUUGGCCAGCUGCAUUGGUUGUUAGAUGAAGAUAAAAAUAAAUUCAUUUAUUCACUCGACAGAUAAGAGGAUAUUAGGAGGAGAAUUUAUGCUGUGAAAAAUAUGUGACAUUUAAAUGGUAAUUAUAGUAAAAAAUUCAAGUAAUAAUCUCGAGUUAAUAUAUUUUCAUACCUAAGAAAUUAAUUUAAAAUUAUUUGCAAUUGUUUAAUUAAUAUUAUAUCUUCAUUGUAAUCCUGUUUUAUUUCUCACUUUCCUUCUUUGUCGCAUUUUAUAAUAGGUAAUUAUUAUUUAUAUUAUGGGCGGGGCAGAAAAAUCAGUCGACGACGGUUUGGCAACCCAUCAUACAUUCAGCGAUGUCCGAAAGACAUCACAAAUUCUUCGAAAAUUAAUUUCAACAUUGAUUGUUAUGUAGCUCUUAAGUUUUCCUUCAGAUUUCUCAUUCGCACUGUUCUAUGACACGUUGUAUAAUAGUUAUUAGCAAAAUUGAUUUUUCUCGGAAACGAUACUAGAUUCUUCAGAGUACUCCGCUUUCUAUUUAAACUUUUUUCCAUACAUUUACGCACAAUUACAAGAUAACACACAACGUGUCCAGCACGUUAAUUUGCCGCAACGAAAAGCUAUCUUGCUAUAAACGAUAAGAAUUCAUAGCUUCAAUAACGAAUAUCAUCCACAAUAUUUUCCUACGUACUUUUUGUCAAUGGAAAAGGGUAGCAAGAAAAUGUAGAUUAUUUCGCAAUGUAUAUAUCUUACUAAAAAAAGUCCAAUAGCCUUUUUUUCUACAAAUUUUCUUAUCUAUAUUGUAAUCACAACAAUCAAGUGCGUUUCGAUUAAAAUAAAAGAAAGAGCAAAGCGUAUCUUCAAAUAUGGAAAUAAUACACAUAGAUAGAAUACAUCAUUAGCUAACUACAAUAGAACCUCGAAAUAACAGAUAUUAUCCCUUCCAUACGCGCUGGGCCACCCGCCACCCUCGAGUAGCAUGAGUAGAGUGGGAGGAACAAUCCAAGCGCGUAGAUGUAUGGGCGCAAUGUCCUCUCUCGGCGGUGUACUUGAUAGAACCCUAUAUAAUUCAGAACAUUGCAACAAUAUUGCGGCAAUGUUCUAUGCCAUAUGGGAUGCAUUUGUGCAAGUCUCACGCAGCCGCACGGCCCUGUAUUUAACGGGAGUAAAGGUAUCUUGUACAGUAGAUCAGAGCCCCGUACAGCGCACACUAUUUCGAGGUUCCACGUAUAAGUCUCGCAACAUGGUCCAAUGGCACAAUAGAAUUAUUUUAUUAUUUAUGAAUCAAAAAUACGAAAUUUCAUAGCGACUAUCUUAAAUGCGCUUGUGAAUAAUAAGCUUGCGAAAUAUUAAUAAAGUAUUAAUAAUAAAAAAGUUGGAUGCGAUGGAC